GUUUUAACUUAUCUAUAUUUAUAUAUAUACACCACAUCAGAUAAUAAUAAUUAUUUUUUAUUAUUAUCGAUAAUUUAUAACCCUAAUUAUAUCACUAUCAGCACAAGCGGAUAAUUUGCACUAAAUCAGAUUUCAUAUCUAUAUCAAAAGUAUCUACAUCUUCUAUCAUCUUAAUUUAAAUCUUUGAUCCAAUAUUCAUUCUAAUUAAUUUAUUAAUUUAAAAGCCUUUAUAAAUACUGGGGUACUUUCCUUUUCUAUUUCCAUUUGAAUAUCUUUGACUGAUUAAUUAAAUAUAAAUCAUCUUAUAUAUCAUGUCGGAGUUACGUGCAGUUCUCUCCAAUGAGCAAAUCUUGGAGCAAGUAACCUCCAACAAGAAAUUUUACAAUAAUAUUCAAAAUGUUGAAGAACCUCAUAUCGAAGCUAUCUUCUCCAACAGUGAUGAAGAAUUAUUGGCUCAAAUCGGUUAUAAACCAGAAUUAAAACGUCAUUUUUCAACCCUUCAAUGUUUUGGUGUUGCUUUCUCAAUUAUGGGUUUACUUCCUUCUAUUGCUUCUAUUUUAGCUCAAGGUCUUGUUGCUGGUCCAGCUGGUUGUCUUUGGGGUUGGGUUAUAUCUUCGCUUUUAAUUUUAACUAUUGGUAUUUCAAUGUCUGAAAAUGGUUCAUCUAUUCCAACUUCUGGUGGUUUAUAUUAUUGGACUAAUUACUACGCCCCACCAAAAUUUAAGACUGUCAUUUCUUAUCUUAUUGGUAAUACCAACUCUAUUGCAUUGAUUGGUGCUUUAUGUUCCGUCGACUAUGGUUUUGCUCAAGAAAUAUUAUCUAUUGUAGUCAUUUCAAAGGAUGGUGAUUUUGAAAUUACUCCAGCUAAAACUUAUGGUAUUUUUGUUGCUUGUGUUCUUGCUCAUAUUGGUAUCACUUGUUUUUCAUCUAAAAACUGUGCUCAUUUACAAACAACUUCAAUUAUUGUUAAUUUAUUUGUUAUUGUUUUAUUCGUCAUUGCUAUGCCAAUUGGAGCAAGAGGUAACUUUAAAUCAGCCUCUUACGUUUUUGGUACAUUCGAUAACCUCUCCAAUUGGCCAAUGGGUUGGACCCAAUUAAGUGCUGCUUGGUUACCUGCUAUUUGGACAAUUGGUGCUUUUGAUUCUGUUAUCCAUAUGUCAGAAGAAGUUAAAGAUGCUGAAAAAGUCAUUCCAAUCGGUAUUUUAGGUUCAAUCACUGCUUGUGGUUCAAUUGGUACUAUUAUUCUUAUUAUUACAUUCUUCUGUGUUCAAACUGAUGAUAUUGAAGGUCAUCUUUUAGGAACUCCUUUUGGUUUCCCAAUGGCUCAAAUCAUCUUUGAUGUAUUAGGCAAGAAAUGGGCUAUGGCUUUCAUGGCUCUUAUGGCUUUUGCUCAAUUCCUUAUGGGAGCUUCUAUUCUUACGGCUAUUUCAAGACAAAUUUGGGCUUUCUCAAGAGAUAAUGGAUUACCAUUUUCUCGUUGGAUUAAGAAAGUUAACACCACAUUAUAUGUUCCAAUCAAUGCAGUUUGGUUCGGUGGUAUAAUGGCCAUUAUUAUUGGAUUGCUUGUCCUCAUUGGACCUGUUGCUGCCAAUGCUCUUUUUACUUUAUACAUUGCUGGUAAUUAUAUUGCCUGGGGUACUCCAACUUUCCUUAGAUUAACAACUGGUAGACAUAAAUUCAAACCAGGAAAAUUCUACUUGGGUCCAGUAUUUUCUCCCUUAAUUGGUUGGGUCUCUACUACAUUUAUUGUAUAUACUGUCGUCAUGGUGAUGUUCCCUGCUGAAAUUGGUGUUACUAAAGAUACCAUGAAUUAUACUUGUGUUAUUACACCAAGUGUUUUCAUUCUUUCUUUGAUUUAUUACUAUGUCUACGCUCAUAAAAUCUACCAUGGUCCUUGUAAGACCGUUGAAGUUGAUGCACCAAUUAAUUAUAUUGAUGGAGUGGUUUUGAGUGAAGAAAGUGGAGAAAAAGAUUCUGAUACAGAAGUUAAGAUCCAUGAAAAGGUUUAG